UCGCGGCGGAGCCGGCCGCCUCCUCCCGCGAUUGUUGCACCGUCACCGCGAGCGGCGCGAGCUCCGGGCCCGGCUCCCCCCCCCCGCCCCCCGCCCGCGCCAUGAAGCAGGAGGGCGCGUCCCGCCGCCGCCCCGGCGCCGACAAGGCCAAGCCGCCCCCCGAGGAGCCGCCGCCCGGGCCCCCGGACGUGGAGAUGCAGGAGGAGGCGGCGGACGGGGCCGGCGGCGCCGCCGGGGAGAAGCCGCCGCAGCGGGAGCUCGACGCUGUCACGCUGGAGGACAUCAAAGAGCAUGUGAAGCAGCUUGAGAAGGCCGUGUCUGGAAAGGAGCCUCGCUACGUCCUGCGUGCCCUACGGGCUCUGCCCUCCACCUCCCGCCGACUCAACCCCAACGUGCUCCAUAAAGCCAUCAAUGGCUUCUUCACUUCCAACAGCACCAUGCGGGACUUCCUGCUGGGCUUUCUGGAGGAGCCUAUGGACACAGAAGCAGAGCUGCAGUUCCGUCCCCGGACAGGAAAGGCAGCCUCAGCCCCCCUCCUGCCAGAGGUGGAAACCUAUCUCCAGCUGCUCCUAGUCAUCUACCUGAUGAACAGUAAACGAUAUCCAGAGGCCCAGAAAGUAUCUGAUGACCUGAUGCAGAAGAUCAGUCCUCAGAACCGCCGAGCCCUCGAUCUGGUGGUGGCCAAGUGUUAUUACUACCACUCCCGCAGCUACGAGUUCCUGAAUAAACUUGAUGUGGUCAGGAGUUUCCUGCAUGCCCGUCUGAGGACGGCAACCCUCCGUCAUGACGCAGAUGGUCAGGCCACCCUCCUGAAUCUGCUGCUGAGGAACUACCUUCACUAUAACCUCUAUGACCAGGCAGAAAAGCUCGUCUCCAAAUCAGUUUUUCCUGAGCAGGCCAAUAACAACGAGUGGGCCAGGUACCUCUAUUACACAGGUCGCAUCAAAGCCAUUCAGCUGGAGUACUCUGAAGCACGGCGGACCAUGACGAAUGCCCUGCGGAAGGCACCACAGCACACAGCGGUCGGCUUCAAACAGACGGUCCACAAGCUGCUCAUCGUGGUAGAGUUAUUGCUGGGCGAGAUCCCGGACAGACUCCAGUUCAGACAGCCUUCCCUCAAGAGGUCACUCAUGCCCUACUUUCUCCUGACACAGGCUGUUCGGACGGGUAACCUAGCCAAGUUCAACCAGGUCCUGGAUCAGUUUGCGGACAAAUUUCAGGCAGAUGGGACCUAUACCCUUAUCAUCCGGCUGAGACACAAUGUGAUUAAAACAGGUGUUCGCAUGAUCAGCUUGUCCUAUUCACGCAUCGCACUGGCCGACAUUGCUCAGAAACUGCAGCUGGACAGCCCGGAGGAUGCUGAGUUCAUUGUUGCCAAGGCCAUCCGGGACGGUGUGAUCGAAGCCAGCAUUAACCACGAGAAAGGCUACGUCCAGUCCAAAGAGAUGAUUGACAUCUACUCCACACGGGAGCCUCAGCUUGCCUUCCAUCAAAGGAUCUCCUUCUGCCUCGACAUCCACAACAUGUCUGUCAAGGCCAUGAGGUUCCCACCUAAGUCUUACAACAAGGACUUGGAGUCUGCAGAGGAGCGCCGGGAGCGUGAGCAGCAGGACCUGGAAUUUGCGAAGGAAAUGGCAGAGGAUGACGAUGACGGUUUCCCAUGAUCCUCUGGGGACAGCAGUGUAUUUUUAUUUUCCCACAGGGAAUAUCCUGUCUGAUAGAAACCAUCCUCUGGUGGCUACAAUCCAGAAUCUGCCUUUCUUUUAUAAACUAUCUGCAUGUACGUAUGGGGGGGGAGGGGGAAGCGGAGACACACCCAGGUUCUAUAUCGCCCUCUGCCUAUUGCAGAGGGAAGUGCUCCCCUGCAACCAUCACCCAAGAGAUCAGCCUAUUAAGGGAAACCCACCCUCCCAAUUCCCAAUAAAACUUCUUUUAAGGUU